GCAGGCAGCCCAGCUGGAAAAUGUGGUGGUGACUCUCAAGCCAUUUUCCUCUCCCAUCUCCUGAAGGAGAGGUGGGUCCUGAGCAGCAUGCAGCAGCCGGGGGCUGGUGGCAGGAGCGCAGCCGUUCCCCCGCUGUAUCCAUCCCAGGCCAGCCUCCCUGCUGGCUUGCACGAUACACGCCGCGUCUUUGAGGAUCCCGAGUGGUCCCUCGCCACUGUCCCCCACCUCACCGAGCUCUGCCUCCAGCACAUCGUUCUCAACUUCGAAAAGAACCCGAUUUUGGACCGUCUUCUGCCUGAGCACCAAAGGAAGGUGCUGGACAGGCUCUCCACUGGCCUUCCGCUCGCUGUGACUGCCAACCUAAUCAGCGAUGAGGACUACUGGAAGAGGUGCUGCACCGAGCGCUGGCACGUGUGUGACAUCUCCAACUAUGGAGACAGCUGGAAGCGGAUGUUCUUCGAACGGCACCUGGAGAACAUCCUGAAACGUUUCAUCCCUAACACCACAGACCCCAACCAGGUCCUAGAGCUCAUCCCGCUCUGCAAAGACUAUGUGCGGAAACUGGAGGUUGAUCAGUUCCUGCCACCGGUGCAGGAGGAUCAAAAGGAGGAGAGGGAUGACCUCUCUGACACAGGGAGUGAUUUUGGAUUUGGUGAGGUCUCCAUGCAUCACUACGACCUGGGAGUCCUCAUUACUGCUCUCCCUCACCUUGAAGAGCUUCAUCUCACUUAUGGCGUGAAGGACUGUGGCAUGAACUUCGAGUGGAACCUCUUUAACUUCACCCACCAGGACUGCCGCAACCUGGCUGUCGCCGUGAAGAUGUGCCACAACUUGAAAGUUUUGAAGCUGACACGAAGCAAAGUGGACGACGACAAGACCAAGCUGCUGGUCCAUAACUUGCUGGAUCACCCCUGCUUGGUGGAGCUGAACUUGUCCCACAAUCUCAUCAGGGACAAGGGGGCACAAGCUAUUGGCAAGUUGAUCAACCGCAGCAAAUUAGAAACCCUCGAUCUGUGUAACAACCAGAUUCAUCACCUGGGGGCUGAGGCUCUUGCUCAAGCCCUGGCUGAGAACUCCACCCUGACCUCCCUCAACCUGCGCCUCAACUGCCUGGAGGACAAAGGGGGGGAGGCAAUCGGCCAUGUCCUGCUGACCAACACCACCCUGAAGUCCAUCCAUCUGGGAAGUAAUAACCUGUCACAGCCAACCGCUACGCUUUUCUCCCAGGUCCUGGCUCAGAAUACCACCCUGAGGAGUAUCAACUUCUCAUGCAACCACCUGGGGCCGGAUGGUGGGAAGCAGCUGCUUGACGGGCUGGCGGAUAACAAGGCUUUGACCGAGUUCGACCUCCGCCUGGCAGAGGUGGGCCAGGAGACCGAGUACCUCAUUCACCGAAUUGUGUGGGCCAACCGGGAAGCGGUGCGGCUGGGGUCUCCGCAGCACCCCCCCGCCAAACCCCUCUGAAGAAAACGCUCCAGAGGGCAAUGAGCUCUGCAAGGUGCAGUGUUGGAAAUACUUUACCUCGAGGCUUGGGUUUAUUUGUAUUUCUGAGAAACACCCAACUUGUGGCCACCACCGCAGCCUUUCCCAGAUCCCCAUCAUCCAUAAUGCCUUAACACGAGACAGACAUUAGACCUCAUGGGACUGUAGUGGCACCCCAGAAGCAAUCUGUCUCUUGAGCCCUCUCUCCCACUGCACCCGAGAUUAAAUCCCACCUCCCGUGGUGUCUCUCACCUCCCGUGGUGUCUCUCACGUGCUCCGGCAGCAGGCUUAUUUCAGGCAACGGGACGUUGUUCCACCUGUAAAGCAGCUAAGGUGAAGUCUCCACCAUCUAAAUGGUCUAGUCCAGACCUAACCUUCAGGGCAGGCAGCUCUUUUAGGCUUCUUGCUGAGGAGGACAUGAGAUGCGUGGAGGGUAGAGGGAAUGUUGUUUCCAGUUCCUCAGCAGCUUUUUCUGGCUAUUGCU